UUUGAUUUGGUUUUUUCGAGUGUUUUCUUCACCAAUGUCUUCAACUUCAAACACCACCACUUGUAGCAACAAUGUUGUGGAUGAUAAUUGUCGACCAUCAUCAUCAUCUAUGACAAACAUGAUGACCACCGCCAACACCAACAAUAAUGAUCAACAACAACAAAAAUGUUUAAAUCGGCAUUCAUUUUCGAUUCAUAUUGAAGAUGAAAAAGCUAAUCGUACAGCCACAAUAUUGAAUAAUGCCGAUAUUAACUAUAGUGAUAAUGAUGGACAACAACAACCGAACGCAUCAUCAUCAUUAUUGAACGAUUUUGGUUUGAGUGGUGCAACGCCAUCAUUAUCAUCACCUUUAUCGUUAUCAUCAGCGACAUUGCCAUUGAUGAAUUACAGCCAACAAAACAAAAUGGCAACCGGAACACAAGAAAUCUACAUCAAUAUGCAAUCUGGCUUGAUAAAAGAUUCAAUCAAACUAGAUCCAACCGAAUUAACAUUAAAAACAUUGAAAGAAUAUGCAUGUAAUUUCAUUGAUCGAAAGUUUCCUGAUCAUGGAUUAAAUCGUCUUACUGAACGUUUACUGUUAUUUCGACAUGAUUAUAAUUCGAAAAAUCUUUUAGUACCAAUCAAUGUUGUAUCGGAAAUUACUGAAGGUUCAUUGAUUGAAAUUGUUGUUUCAGCUAAUCCACCAUCCGAUACGGUCCAAAUACGACGCCAUUCACUAUCGAUACAUUCAUAUAAAUCACCAACAUUUUGUGAUUUUUGUGGUGAAAUGUUGCUUGGUCUAUUUCAUCAAGGUCUCAAAUGUGAAGGCUGUGGUCUUAAUUAUCAUAAGCGUUGUGCGUACAAACUGCCAAAUAAUUGUUCAUAUGGCCGACGACGUCGUUCAUCAACAUAUUUACCACAACCACAAUCGCAAACGCCACAACAACAUAGUCCAAAUUCGGCAACACCUACCACACCGAUAUGUCCAUCAUCACCAUCGCUGGGUUAUGUAUCGCAAUUAUCAUCCAUAAUGACCAUUGCUGACAACCAAUCCAUCAAUGAUAUUGAACGAACUGCAUCCGGAUCCGGAUCAUCAUUGUUUGCCAACGAUGUUAAGUUUUUAUCGGCAUCAACAUCGCCAAUACGUGAACGUUGUCGACAAUUAUCAAAUUCUACUAUUUGUUCCAAUCAAUCAACAUCAACCACCGGCAUGAUUACUACCGGUUCUGCUUUAUCAUCAAGUCUUGAUAGUGGUUCCGGCGGUGGUGGUGGUGGAUUGAAUGGAACCAUUAGUGUUUCGGGAAGACCUGUAUGGGUAGAUAGAAAAUUGACUGAUCGUAUCCGUGUACCGCAUACAUUUGUUGUACAUACAUAUGCAAUACCUACUGUUUGUCAGUAUUGUCGAAAAUUAUUAAAAGGAAUCUAUCGACAAGGCUAUCAAUGUAAAGAUUGUAAAUUUAAUACACAUAAAAAAUGUAUGGAAAAAGUGGCGGCAGAUUGUGCAGGUGAAGCACCAAAAGAAUGGGAUGAUCAAGAACCAUCAUCAACCACCACCAUGAACAAUAACAAUAACCAAAGUAAUCAUCAAAUGGAUGAUCUUCUAUUGGAUUCCAAUCAAUUGGAUUCAGAUUCGGAAGAUCAACAACAUUCGACGAAAACAAUCGAUAUAUCGAACAAUCGCUCGUCCAACAAACCGAACAAAUAUGAUUCGAAUGAUGAUUCAAUAAAUGUCCAUCAGCAUAACCAUGACAAUAAACAACGUAAUAACAAUGAUGAUAAUGACGAUGAUGACGAUCAUAAUCAUUGCCAACAACAACAGACCAAUAGUGGUAGUGAUGAUGAUAAUCAAAAAAUCAAUCGAAUUGUCAGCGAAACAAGCAGCAGUAAUAUACCAUUAAUGCGCAUUGUACAAAGUGUUAAACAUAUUAAACGACGUUCAUCAAAAGUAUUGAAAGAAGGAUGGCUGAUUCAUUUUACCGAUAAAGAUCGUACGAAACGCAGCCAUUAUUGGCGUUUAGAUACAAAAGGAAUUACUAUGUUCCAGAAUGCAACAAAACCAAAUUAUUAUAAAACAAUUCCAUUACAAGAUAUUCUGCAUAUCGAUUCCGGUAAAAAUGAUUCCUCUACAACAUUGGACUAUAAAUUCGAGCUUAAAACACAAAAUGUUACCUAUUAUGUUUGCGAACCCGAGUCGACCGAAAAUGAACGAUCGCAAUCAUCAAGAUCAUGGGAAUUAGCCAUACGACAAGGUUUAAUGCCUGUAUUGUCGCCGCCAAGCGAAACUGGUGGUUCGCGAAUUGUGGCCGAUGAUAGUUCAAAGCAACAACAAUCAAGGCAUUCGAAUCAAACCGUUGCCGUAGCCAGCAAUGAUAAUGAUGAUAAUGAUAAUAAUUGUGAUAUAUCACAACAAUAUCAGAUUAUUAUUGAUGAAAUGUUAGGCGCUGGCCAAUUCGGUACCGUUUAUGGUGGUGUUCAUCGUACUAGUCGACGAGAAGUAGCAAUCAAAGUUAUUGAUAAGCGUCGUUUCCCUACCAAACAGGAGGCCCAAUUGAAAAAUGAAGUUUCAAUUUUGCAAACAAUUUCACAUCCCGGUGUUGUACAUCUGGAAAAAAUGUUUGAAAACUCUGAACGAAUAUUCGUUAUAAUGGAAAAGUUGAAUGGUGAUAUGUUGGAAAUGAUUCUCGGUGGUGAAAAUGGUCGCCUAAAUGAGCGUGUCACCAAAUUUCUUAUCUAUCAGAUUCUGGUAGCAUUACGUUAUCUUCAUGCCCAAAAUAUUUGUCACUGUGAUCUUAAACCGGAAAAUGUUCUACUUUCGUCCAACAGCAGUUUUCCACAGGUUAAAUUAUGCGAUUUUGGAUUUGCUCGUAUUAUUGGCGAGAAAUCAUUUCGUCGUAGUGUAGUCGGUACACCGGCCUAUUUAGCACCCGAAGUACUUCGAAACAAAGGCUAUAAUCGUUCAUUGGACAUGUGGUCAGUCGGUGUCAUUAUCUACGUAAGUCUUUCCGGCACAUUUCCGUUCAAUGAAGAAGAAGAUAUUCAAGAUCAGAUAACUAAUGCUGCUUUCAUGUAG